GAAGUCCGUUUGUCGUAUUUGUCAACAUUUUUAAUAAAGUUAGGCGUACACGAAAAAUUACUAUUUAUAUUGGAGUAUUAUGGUUUCACUGCAAUUGAAACCGAAUUUUCUCGCCCCAGAUGUCGAUGAAAUAGGGACAAAAAAAGACGAUUAUGUUACCUCUAAUCAAACGGAAUCUUGUUUUGUAUUCAAUUCAAAUCAUUCUUUACCAAUAAUCGAACAGCGAAAACGUCUGCCAAUUUAUAAAUAUCGCAGAGAUAUUCUAUAUUGUUUGGAAAAAAAUCAGGUUUUGAUAGUUGUUGGCGAAACUGGUAGCGGAAAAAGUACUCAACUUCCACAGUAUCUAUAUGAAUUGGGUUGGCAUACAAAAGGCGUGAUCGGUUUAACGCAGCCACGUCGCAUAUCCGCCAUAACAUUGGCCAACCGCGUAGCGCUGGAGAGAGGUGAAGUCAUUGGUGAUACUGUGGGAUUUGUAGUUAAAUUUUUGGAAAAAUGUUCCGAUGCUACAGCAAUAAAAUACAUGACAGAGGGCAUCCUACUGCGCGAACUUCUCACAGAUCCUUUACUUAUGCGUUAUAGCGUUAUUGUAAUUGAUGAAGCGCAUGAACGCAGCUUAAUAACCGACAUAAUCCUUGGUUUACUGAAGAAAAUUGUUAGCAAGCGGCCAGCUCUCAAGUUGGUCGUAUCAUCUGCCACAAUUGAUGCUGAUGACUUUGCCGAUUUCUUUAAAGCAAAUUCCAGCAUAAUUCUAUCUGUUGAAGGUAGAUCCCAUCCAAUCGGCACAUUCUAUUUAAUCAAACCUUGUGCAGACUAUGUGAAUGAAGCUGUCGAAACAGUGUGGAAGAUACAUAAGAAGGAAGCACAAGGCGAUAUUUUAGUAUUUCUAACGGGUCAAGAAGAAGUAAUGCAAGCUGUCAGUCUAACAAAGGACUACAUGAGCUCUAACGAUGACAGUACAUUACAGCCGGUGCCGAUGUAUGGUUCGCUAACGCAUAGGGAACAAUUGAAGGUGUUCUUUGCAGCGGAGAAAGGCGUGCGGAAAGUGGUAUAUGCAACAAAUAUCGCUGAAACAUCCAUCACUAUACCGGGUGUUGUUUAUGUGGUGGACUGUGGCUUUAUGAAGUUAAAAUGGUUCGAUUCAGACAGCGCGACCGAUCAAUUGGUCGUGGUGCCCAUCAGCAAAGCUACUGCUAUUCAAAGAGCAGGACGUGCCGGCCGCACACGGUCUGGAAAAGUGUAUCGCCUAUUUACUGAGGAAGAUUAUGAAAAAUUACCUGACAGAUUUCCGCCUGAAAUACGUCGCUGUGAAUUGAGCGCAAUGAUUCUGGCACUGGCAGCACUGGGAAUAAGUAAUAUUUUGAAAUUCAAUUUCCCUUCAGCCCCGCCCGCCAAAAACGUGUUGGCUGCAUUAGAAACGCUGCACGCUCUAGGGGCUAUCGAUAAUGAUGGAACUCUUACGAAACCGCUUGGCUAUUUUAUGGCCGAAAUGCCACUUCCACCAAUGCUCAGUAGAAUGCUUUACAUGUCAGUUUCCAUGGGCUGCUCCGAAGAGAUUCUUACUAUAAUUUCUAUGCUUCAAGUGGAAUCGGUUUUCGCCCAACCAGCCACCGGACAAGGCCAGAUAAAGGCACGAGUAGCCAAACGUCACUUCGAAGUUGCCGAAGGCGAUUUACUUACUUUACUAAAUGUUUUCACGGCAUUUGUUGAAAAUGAUCAGAGCAAACAAUUUUGUCGUACAUACUAUUUAAACUAUCGCAAUCUCAACUGUGCACAUGAAUUGCGCGAACAAUUGGUAAAACUUGCAAAGAAACAUACAAACAUUUCCUUGAAAUCAUGUGAAGGAAAUGUAGAAACGAUUUGUAAAUGCAUUACAUCGGCAUUUUUCCUCAAUGCAGCAUAUCUUCAUUAUACAGGUGUCUAUAAAAGAAUACAAGGAGGUCUUGACUUAUACAUACAUCCACUUUCAACGUUGUAUACAUUGCCACAACCACAAUAUAUUCUUUUCACAGAAUUGGUUCAUACGACAAAACUUUUUAUGAGCAACGUAACUGUUAUUCGCGAGGAAUGGUUAGCUGAACUAUCGUCGCAUUACUAUUAUAAAACAUCUGGAUAAGCGCACUUAAACCUUUGCCAGUCAGAUGACAUCUUAUUUGUGAAAAUUGUCGUGUUCCAAAUUUCCACAAAAUUCCACACAACAUCUGGAUAAAAAUUUCAUUAAAUAAAAGCAUUACUUAUUAAAUUCAAAAAGGGUAUACUAAUUUUAUUCCCCAAAUUUCUAAUUUAGUCUCAAGUUUAUCGCUGUCACUGGACUACCCAGCCAGCAAAAUCAUCGUAAACGUACUUUUUCGCUUGAAAUUGUCGAGCGCCUGCGAACAGUCGUAAACGGAUCGAAAAGGCAUUCGUAUGCGAAUAUUAUAUAUUAUAAAAUAUUGUGGUUCAAGGGAAAUUUCCAACAGAAUGACAAUUUUUGCUUGUGCUGACAAAUUACUACAAGCCUCUUUCUUUUUUUAUGAGCCUUUCUCUAACUAUUCGCCGAUCGAUAAUCCCUGGUAAAACAUAAUGUUCGUAAAAUGUGCGUUUUCUUGCUCGCUGGGUAUGCACAAGUGUACAUAUGUAUGUGUGUAUACAGCCGGAUUUUGGACGGAAGCGUUUGCAGUUGACAAAAUGUCGCAAGCCACAUGUUUAUAGCGUACGCAACAUUUCCAAUCUAUAACAGGCUUGAAGUGUUUUUAAAGGAAAAAGCAUGCCUAAUCGCACUUAAACUGUUGCCAGUCAGAUGUACAUAUUUUUCGCCAUAAAUGAAAUAAUGACAUCUCAUUUGUAAAAAUUGUCGUGUUUUUGUUCUUGGUUAAUGAUACAUUCUCCCAGGUAGAGAAUGUUUUUCCCAGCAUUGACGUCGCGAUUCCAGCAAGUACGGCAGUUGGGACAAAACUGGUACCUGUGUGGCGAUUUGGACGUCAGCUUUAUGUUGUAACAAUUUGCGCAAAGUUUGGUCGUUCUGAAUUCAUUAACCAUCAGAAUAUCUGUAUUAGAGGUUUACGCCGACAGGCCUUGCGGCGGCGGCGUGGUCA